AUGUCCACGAUGCCGCUGCAGAACGGCGGCGGGUGGGCGCUGGAAGCGCAGGCGCAGCAGGCGAUGAAGCAGCCGGCGGCGGCGCGGCGGGGCCGGCGCGGCGCGACGCUUCUGCUCCUGCUCCGGGUGGGCGCGCUGUGCGCCUCCGCGGCCGCGGCCGCGCUCGCCGCCGCCGCCACGCUCCGGCGCGCGCCGUUCCGGUUCCUGCUGGCGGCCAACGCCAUCGUGGCGGUGUACUCGGCGUCCGAGGCCGCCGCCGCCGCGUGGGAGGUGGCCAGGGGCGCCACGCUGCUCCCGGAGGCCAUGCAGCUCUGGUUCGACUUCGCCCACGACCAGGGAUUCGGCUACAUGGCGCUGGCGGCGGCGGCGACGGCGGCGCGGGACGCGGCGGGGUGCGGCGGCGGAGGGCGGGACGAAGGGUGGACGACGAGCGGCAGCGAGGCCGCCACGACGGCGGCGGCGUGCGUGCGGGCCGACGUCGCGGUGGGGCUCGGCUUCGCGGGGUUCGCCUUCCUGGCACUCGCCGCGCUCGUCACCGGCUUCCGGGUCGCCUGCUUCCUCGCCACCGGCUCCCGGUUCCCGCCGCCGGCCUCCUACUGA